GGCUUAUUCAUAGACCUUGACCUUGGAACCCCGCAAUACACCACCCAUCUCUCUAGCUCUCAUAAACCAUUCGGUGUCCCACUUCAUCAGUUCGUUGUCAAACAUAAGCCCUCGAAACCCGUCUCAAGCCGAAGCGCAUCGCAUCCUCGACCGGGUGGGGUGGCAUUCAACCACCAAAAACCACCAGCAACACUCGACGCAAUUGCGAAUCUGCGUGGCAAGAGUCGGCCUUGAGGCCUGACCGCCCCGUUCCCGCGCCGUGACCAUGUCCCAGUACGGCGCCCCGACCUCGGUCAACUCUGCAUCAACCUCUCAACAGCAGCAAUCCCCCACUGCCCAGCACCAGCAACACCCCCCUUCAACGCAACCGGCAAACGCAUCUGGAGCAUCGCUGUCUGCCGCUCAGCACAAGCGUGUCUAUCAGGCAUGUAUACCGUGUCGUCGGAGAAAGGUCCGAUGUGACCUGGGCAGUGUUGACAACCCACACGACCCCCCUUGUGUCCGUUGUCGAAGAGAAUCCAAGGAGUGCUACUUCAGCGCCACCCGCCGCAAGCGCAAGAACGAUGAAGAUGGCGAAGAAGACUACGUGAUUCGUAACGGUCGCAAAAGGCAUGCUUCCGAUGCGUCCCCGCCUCCGUUUAACAGGGGAGUCUCUUACACCGAUGCCCCUUUGACACCUGGAGGAUCAAGCGGACGAACGCAGCCAUUGAGGCGACCCGAUUUCGACAGGAAGGACAGUAGAAGUACCUCCUUCUCGGGUGUUGGCGAAGACGCCAGCGCUCGACUGGAGAACUUCGAGGCGCAAACUAUCAUGAGGAAGGAAGUAUAUGGCCCACACGACGCUCUGGAUUUGCUCUAUAAAGCUGCAACCGACCAUCCACAUGCGCAUGUCCACCAAGACAGCGGUACGUCAAAUACACAGCCAUCACAAUCUCAUUCGACGAACCGCACUACCCCGAGAGAGGCUAUCACGAAUGGUCACCCUACUAGUCGGGUGCAGGCGCGGUCUGCAGAACCAAUCGAUCCCCGAUUGUUGCCAUCUGCCAACACCAAGGAAGGCCAGAAAGAGGCACUGGAAAAGAGGCUAGAUGUACGACAUGAGGACGGCUAUGAAGAGGCAUUGAAGUCGUGGGGACGAUUCCGUUUUGUUAGAGCGGGCUGGUUCACCAGGGAGGAAGCCGUCAAAUACAUCACAUAUUACUAUGAGUUUCUCUCACCUAUGACGCCCAUAUCCCCCCCAACAUAUCGUGCUCCGGCGUCUCACCCGAUCCUCUUGACCGAGGAGCCUAUCUUAACGGUAACAUUGUUAACAAUUGCCUCACGAUAUUACCAAAUCAACACGACCGGAGGCCAUUGCCGCUCACACGCAAUUCACGAGGAACUUUGGAGAUAUUUGCGCCGCAUGAUCGAGCGAUGCUUGUGGGGACAGGAGGCAUUUGGUGGUGGUUUUUGUGGCUCGGGCGCUGAUCAGACCUCCAGUACCGCACCUGAGCGAGGUUUGAGAAAAGGCAGUCUCCGCACAUUGGGCACCAUCGAGUCGCUAAUGAUCCUCACCGAGUGGCAUCCGCGAGCACUGCAUUUCCCACCAGAGGAAGCAAUUGAUGAGCUCAUGCUGCCGUCAUACGACCUACCUCACAUUGUGGGUUUAGACGAUGAUCCCAACCGCCAGAACGGCAACGGCAGUCUCGGCGAAAGACGGAUUGAAGGAUGGCUUGAACCCGCCUGGAGGAGCGACCGUAUGUGCUGGAUGCUGCUUAGCACUGCCAUGGCUCUUGCCUAUGAGCUGGGUGUCUUUGAUAACAUCGACGUCGUGCUCGCUGAUAUCACUCGGCCCGAGUACGAGGAUGAGGGCUACCGCCUACGAGCUACACGUAUCAAGCGCCUGCUGAUGAUCUAUCUUACGCAGUUGGCUGGUCGUCUAGGCUGGACAAACAUGGUUCCUGAGAGUAUCCGUGUGACUGACCCUUACCACUCGGGAGUAAGGAGGCCGAAUAGCCAUGAGGGGAACACACCAGGCACAAACAUUUCCAAUUUGUCCAACAUCAACUACGUUCCAGACAUUGAGCUUGAUGACCAAAUUAUACAUUGCUGGGUUGGCAUUAGCAAUGCUAUGCAUAUGGGAAACGAAAAACUCUUUAGAUCGCAUAAGCAUACAACGCAUAUCAUCCAGAGCGGAGAGUACACUACGGAGUUGCAGAAGUUUCAGCCAAUUCUGAAAGAUUGGUGGAAAACAUUCGAGCAAAUCCGCAUGCCCACCUUCAUCCGCCAUAUUCUCACCAUCGAAUAUGAGUAUGUCAGAAUCUACGUCAACUCACUCGCUUUACAAGCUGUCGUGGAAAGAUCUACAACAAAUGCAGUCAACCCCCAUAAUACCAUACCUAAUUUUCAUCACAACGCUGUGGGUGCACCACCGACCCAGAUACAGACACAGACCCUCCUGGGCUCCCUGCCUCUUGGCACCCUAGGUGGAUUCGGUGUAGAGGACCAGGAGUUUAUAAAAGAGGUUGUCAAUGGAUGUCGCAAUUUGUUGACGACAGUCGUCGAUGGGCUUCUUCCAGGAGGUUACUUGAAGCAUGCUCCGGUCCGUACCUAUUUCAGGAUCAUUAGCGGUGCUAUGUUCUUGCUCAAGACAUUUGCCCUUGGUGCCCCUAAAUCUGAUGUAGAGAUGAGUAUCAACCUUAUGGAUCGCACAGUUGAUGCUUUACGAGACUGCGUCGUAGACGAUGUUCAUCUCGGAACCCGGUUUGGCGAUUUGCUCGAGUCUCUUACUCUGCGUCUGAGAGUUCGAUUCAAGCAUGCUCCAAAUCACCAGGCGGGUGAAACAAGCAAGGCGGGCAGCGUUAAUGGACACGCGAGUGGAAUUGACUCAACAUACACGGAGCACGCCCUGAAGCUUCGGGAUGGUCUAUUAGCACCUGGUAAGUCGACAACGGUUGUUGGACAAGUUUUCUUGUGUCGUCUAAUAGCAGCAAUUUUCUUUUCUUGAAUGCAGGUCUUGCUAAUUAUCAUAUAGAUCGAUCGACCACGCCUGCUUUGCCAAUUUCGGCAACGCCCUUUGAUAAUACCG